AUGGAUAUCAAUAAUAGUCAUAAUAAUCGGCAUAGCACUACCGCUAAUGAACAUAAUUACAAUACUAAUGUUGCUAAUUCUACCAGUAUUAUGGUUAAUGCGCCCACUCCAGCACUUAGUAAUAAUGACAACAACAACAACAACAAUAAUAAUAAUAAUAAUAAUAAAUCGCCACGUACAUAUAAUAAUAGUUCUAAUAGUAACAAAUUUCACUGGCCAAGAGACAAAUUUAAAAGACAGCAACAUAUGUGCCUAAUUAUAGAAUACCUAAUAUAUAACAAGAUAUUUCUGCAAUCAUCAAAAAAAAAUUAUAGUAAAGAAGUACGCGUUAAAUGUGCCAAUUUUUACAAUAGAUAUAUAAAAUCUGAGUUAAAAAAUGAUUUUGAGGAAGAAAUGCAUGAAGAAGGACAAGGUGAAAGCCAAUUUGCUGACACCGAAAAUAUUCCAGGAAUCAGCGAAAGAUAUAUUUAUGAUUUUAUCCAAAAAUCAUUAGAACUUGGUGAGCAAAUAUUUCGUAGGCAAUCACAAAAAAAGCAACAAAAAAUAUCUACUAAUGUUAAUAAUAAUAAUAAUAAUAAUAAUAAUAAUAAUAAUAAUAAUAAUAAUAAUAAUAAUAAUAAUAAUAAUAAUAAUAAUAAUAAUAAUAAUAAUGAUAUUGGAACAUUGGAUUCAUACGAAGAAAUAUGUUUACAAUUAUAUAACGAAAAAAACAAGGUUUUGCAUGCUACAACUGUUUCAAAUAAUAUGGUAUUUACUAAUGAAAACGUUAAUACCACAGCUACAUCUACAAUGAAACCAACAUAUACCAACGGUGGUAUUGGUAGUCUUAAAACAAAAAAUAGUAGAAAAAGGCCGAGGAUACAGCAAGAAAAAGGACAUAUAACCCUAUCUAGCAUUAGCAAUACUAAUAAUAAUAAUAAUAAUAAUAAUAAUAAUAAUAAAUUGCACAAAACCAUGUCUAAUGAAAACAUAGAUGACGAACUAAUAAAGGAAACCGAAAAAAGUUAUCAUAUCUAUAAUAAUCACAUCGGUAAUACUGAGAAUAAUAUCAAUCCUGGUGAUCUAGAACAACAAUUUCAAAAUUACAACUUUGAAGCACGAUUGAACGAAGACUUAAAUAAUGCCAGUGCUAGUACUGGUAAUAUCAAUAUCUUUGAGACUACAAAAAAUCACAUGAUUAUAGAAAAAUUAAGAAAUGAUAUCCAAUCUUUAGGUGGCUCAGAAAAUUUUUUGGAAAAUUUAAAACUAUACAGUUCUAGAGAAAAAAUUGAGUCUAAUAUAAAGGAAGUUGAACGGAUUAAUGAACAAAUUAUAUUAGAGUUGGAUAAAAUUAAACAAGAUCUUGAUACUUUAGGUAAUAAUGAAGAUGAUGCUAGUACUGAUGUAUAA